AUGUACUACGGAAACUACUUUGGUGGCCUGGGCUACGGCUCUGGCGUCCUGGGCUAUGGCUAUGGUGGCCUGGGUUAUGGCUAUGGUGGCCUGGGCUACGGCUCUGGCGUCCUGGGCUAUGGCUAUGGUGGACUAGGUGGACUAGGCUAUGGCUGUGGCUGUGGCUCUCGAUAUGCAUACAGCACCUAUCGUCCAUGCUGCUAUGGAAGAUUUUCCGGUUUCUAUUAA